AAGAGGGAGAGUAGAGAGUAGAAACGGAUGGAGUCAGAGAGGUUGAUAGCCGUCGGAUGGAAGAGAACAUUGAUAAUCGAAUCGAACGGUAAAAAAACAACGCAUACAUUUUGUCACCGCUUUUGCCGUUCCCUCUUGGCCAAGGCUGCUGCUGCUAAUAAGAUCAAUGGGGGGAGGAGUUAGGUUGUCGCUUCUCAAGUCACUUUACAGAUCUUCAACAAGAAGCUCCUCCUCGCCUUCUUGUCGCAGACUUGCUGAAGAUGCUGCUAUUGUGCGGUCAUCAUCAAGACCAUCUCCGGUGUCUUCUUUCACUCAUGCUAGGGCCAUUGGCUACGGAUACGGGUCUUGGAUUGUCACUUCCUCGUCCAAUUUGAAUGCUAAGCCUUUCCCUUUACUGGCACGCGCUUUCAGCUCGCAACCUGAUGGCACCGACUGGGUUCACAAGGCCAAGGAUGUCUUUCAUGAAACUGCUAACAAGGCUAAAGAAGCCUCUGACGAACUCACUCCUCACGUUCAACAGUUGCUCGACGCCAACCCUUAUCUUAAAGAAGUCAUGGUCCCCGUCUCUCUCACCAUGACUGGUACUUUGUUCGCUUGGGUUGUCAUGCCUAAGGUUUUGAGGAGGUUUCACAGAUACUCUAUGCGCAGCUCUGCUGCUUUGCUUCCGCAAGGCUUCUCUAUCGAUGACGUUCCCUACGAUAAAAGCUUUUGGGGUGCUUUGGAGGAUCCUGCCCGCUACUUGAUGACCUUCAUUGCUUUCGCACAAAUUGCGUCUAUGGUGGCCCCAACAACCGUAGCAGCUCAGUACUUCUUCCCGGCAUUGAAGGGGGCAGUCAUCCUCUCCUUGGUGUGGUUCCUACAUCGCUGGAAAACCAAUGUGAUCACCCGAGUCUUGUCUGCUAAGAAUGUUGCUGGGCUUGACAGGGACAAGAUAUUGACUUUGGACAAAGUUUCAUCAGUUGGUCUCUUUGCGAUCGGUUUAAUGGCUUCUGCUGAAGCUUGUGGUGUAGCUGUUCAAUCUAUCUUGACUGUUGGUGGAGUAGGAGGAGUGGCCACUGCUUUUGCUGCAAGAGAUAUCCUUGGUAAUGUGCUGAGUGGUCUCUCCAUGCAAUUCUCAAGGCCUUUCUCUAUGGGAGAUACGAUCAAAGCUGGAUCGGUAGAAGGUCAAGUGGUUGAGAUGGGACUUACAACAACAUCCUUGUUGAACGCCGAAAAGUUCCCAGUCUUGGUACCUAAUUCACUGUUUUCCAGUCAGGUGAUUGUGAACAAGUCACGAGCUCAGUGGCGUGCUAUAGCAUCCAAGAUCCCACUGCAGAUAGAUGACUUGGACAAGAUCCCUCACAUAUCAGAUGAAAUCAAGGAAACGUUGAGGUCAAACCCAAAAGUUUUCUUAGGGAAAGAAGCUCCUCAUUGUUACUUAUCCCGAGUGGAAAAAUCAUUUGCUGAACUCACCAUUGGAUGCAAUCUUAAAUACAUGGGGAAAGAGGAGCUUUACGCAACACAACAAGAGGUUCUUCUUGAGUCGGUCAAAAUUAUAAAGAAGCAUGGUGCGUCAUUGGGUACCACGUGGGACAAUUCUACACUUUGAGAAUGCUGAUCAAGAAUUAUGUCUGAAAACAUAGGUUCUUGGAUCAUUACAGGAAAAAAACGUAGGGUUACAAAAAUAUUUUGUAGAGCAGGAAAAAAAAAACGAAAGCAACCUGUUUCGAACUGAGGAUUUGUGGUAUGUGAGUCGGUUCUUUUGAUGUGUUUUGAGGUGCACGAUCAGAUUUCAUUUUUUUUUGUUUAAACUGUGCGUUUUUAUCAC